UUAGUCCGACUGGUUAUUCAUGUAUAAAAAAGUCUUCACGGAAAACACCGACCUACUGAACUGAAGAGCGAGAACAAUGUCUGGUCGGGUUCUAGUUGGGGUUAAGAGGGUCAUUGACUAUGCUGUGAAGAUCCGGGUAAAGCCGGACCACAGCGGUGUGGUGACGGACGGCGUGAAGCACUCGAUGAACCCCUUCUGUGAGAUUGCUGUGGAGGAGGCCGUCAAGCUGAAGGAGAAGAAGCUCAUAAAGGAGGUGGUGGCGGUCAGCUGCGGCCCCCAGCAGGUGCAGGAGACGAUUCGCACGGCGUUGGCCAUGGGUGCUGACCGGGGCAUCCACGUGGAAGUUUCAGGAAAAGACUACGAGAACCUGGGCCCCCUGCAGGUCUCUAAGAUCCUGGCUGCUCUGGCCAAGAAGGAGGACGCUAACCUGAUCAUCCUGGGCAAACAGGCAAUUGAUGACGACUGCAACCAGACUGGCCAGAUGACUGCUGCUCUGCUGGACUGGCCUCAGGGCACGUUUGCAUCAGAAGUGGCCCUGGAGGGCGACACGGUGAAGGUGGUGAGAGAGAUCGACGGCGGGCUGGAGACUAUCAAGAUCAAAAUGCCAGCUGUGGUGACCGCUGACCUGCGUCUGAACACACCCAGAUACGCCACCCUGCCCAAUAUCAUGAAAGCCAAGAAGAAGAAGAUCGCCAACGUGAAGCCGGGGGACCUGGGGGUGGAGCUGACGCCGCGGUUGGAGGUGCUGCGGGUGGACGAGCCCCCGCAGAGGCAGGCUGGCGUGAAGGUGGAGUCGGUGGACGACCUGGUCGCCAAACUGAAGGAGGCGGGGACAGUGUAGGGAGGGCCAGCGGGGACACACAGAGCGGACGGUGCUUGGGAGAUGGACAGAUCCGGAGAGCAGUCCCAGUCCACCUGCAGCGGGGUGCUCUGGGCCCGUUCCCCCUGCAGGCCCGGCUGAUCCGGACCCGGCUCCGUCCUCUGUGUGUGUCUCCCUCCCUCAGCGUCUGUGUGUGGGACUGUGCAGCUCAGUGGGACUGCCACUCGGAGGCUGCGUCUGAAACUACACGCGACUCUGACACAGUGUGUACAGGUGUCUGAGUACGGGCUGCGCUGCGGGGACAGACUCUCCCGCUCCACAGACUGCAGGGCUCCUGUCCUCUAACAGCUUCUCUCUCACCUGUAGCACACUGUACAUGGCCACAAUAAGCAUUAUCAGUACUAAUGGGACCGGUUUCCUCGUCUGCCUGUGCAGAAUUGUGUAUGCAGUGCAGCUUAUCCCUCUGUAUCAUAUUGGAGAGUUUUGGUGAUGGGUGUAAAUAUAGAUCCAAGGCUGUAAAAAGGAGAUCCCCUUUUGUGUCUGAAUUGCAUCCUGAUGUUUGACCUUGCAUUGCGGUCCCUGAAGCACAGUCUGUCCUUGUAGCGGGAAGGAAAGGAGGGAAAAUUUCUCACAACGUUGACUUACCGUAAGCGCCUCCUUAGUACUGACUGUACACCCCCACCCCCAACAAUGACAAUAAAGACUAGCUGUUUUUUUCA